AUGAGUCAUUUGAAUUUAUGUGAUUAUGGUAAGGCAAAAGUUUAUUUAUGGAAAACUGAAAAAACUAGUGAAAAAUUAUUUUCUGAAAUUUCAGAUAAAAUAAGAAAUUUAUAUGAGAAAAUAAAUUAUGAUGAUUUAUUUCAUCAUUUAUACACAUAUAUAAAGUACAUAAAUGGAAGUGAUAGUGAUUUAUUUAUAAGAUAUGAAAAAAAAAUAUGUGAAUGUACUAUAAAUAAAAAUAUACAAGAUGAUCAUUAUUUUUUUAGUAUAUUUAAAAAUGCUAACUACGUUAAGAGAAAUGGUAAUUUAUCAAUAAGUUAUAUUGAUUUAAUAGAUAAAAAUAUUAAAAUAGAUAGGAUGAAUUUAUUUUCUAAUAUUUUUAUGUCUAUUGGUAUACAUGAGUUAUAUGAUGAAGAUAUAUUUAAUAAUGGCACUUCUACAACUACAAAAGGUAUUGAAAAAAGAAAAAGAAAAAAAAAAAAUCAAGAGGAAGAUGAAGAAGAAGAAAAAGAGGAAGAAGGGAGAGAAGAAAAAAGUACAAAUUUUCAAAGUGAAGAAAAUGGAUAUUUCAAUAAAUUAAAUGAAAACAUAAUUAAUCUAAUUAAUUCUUAUAAUAAUAUAUUAUUUAGUAAUAGCUGUGUUUUUAUACAAAGAGUAUUAGUAAUUCCAUCAUCCGAUAAAUAUGAUGAUAUAAUUAUGAUGAAAAUAAUGGAAAUUAAUGAUAAUUUUUUAUAUAAAAAUAAAAAUGGAGAAAUCAAUCAAAAUAACAACAUAUAUAAUACCUCAAAAAAUUGUCAUUUAAGUAGUUUAGAAGAAUUUAAAAAUAAAGAAAAAAAAAAGAAUGCCAUAUGUGAUUUUUUAUUGAAACCAAAUAUUUCUGUUAUAAAAAAUUCUCCAUAUAAUGAUUCAUCAAACAAUUCCGAAUUAUUUAUUUUUAAUAAUAGUGAUACCAAAUACCUAAAUGAAAAUUCUUAUUCAGGACAUAAUGAAAAUGAAAAAAAUAUAAGUAAUAAAAAAAUUAAAGAUAGCAAAAAUGCAGUUAAUAGUAAUAAUAAUAAAUUAAGAAAAAAAUAUUCAUCGAACAUAUUAAGAAUGUUUAAUAAAAAUAUAAUAAAAGAAUAUAAAUCAUUAAAUGUGAAUUCUGAUAGUGAUAAUUCUUAUGAUUACACUACGGAGAAUUCUAAUAAACGAAAAAAUAAUGAUAUUAUUAAUAAUGUAAAUGAUAUGGAAAAUGCUUCAAAUUCUGAUAUAAAUGAAAAAAGAAAGAAAAAAAAUGAUCAUAAUUUUUCUUUUAUGUGUGAUAAUUUUCACAAUUUUAAAAUAAUAAUUUUUCUUCCUUCUAUAAAAAGGCAUUUUAAUAUUCAAUAUAAUAAAUUUUUUCAAGCUAUUAUUUUUAAUAUUUUUUAUAUUUUUAUUUUUUUUCUAUAUGAUUUAUUAACAAAAGAUGAUAUGUGGAAAUAUAUUCAUACACUUAUUGAUAAUACAGACUAUGAAAAAAUAAAUAAUAAAAUAGUUAGAAAUGAUAAUGCUUUUGAAGAAAAGAAAAACAAUACAUCAAAUAAAAAAAAAAAAUAUAAUUUAAAAAAAAAUAAUAGUAAUCAAGAUAUCAUUGAUAAAAUAAACACAUACGAACAUAUAUAUAAAAUAGAUAAUAAUAUAUAUAAUAAUAUAAAAAAAUAUUACAAUAAUGUAAAAAUUAAUAGACUAGGUAAGGUGAAUCAUAUAACUAUUAAAAAAGAGGGUUUAUUAUAUGAUGAUAUUUAUAAAAUUGCAAAAUCUAGCACAAAUGAAGGAAACGAAUAUACUAAAGAAGAUAAAUAUGAAGGUGAUGAUGAAGAUGAUAAUAAUGAUGAUGAGGAUGAAGAAGAUGAUGAUGAAGAAUAUGAUGAUGAAGAUGAAGAUGAAGAUGAUGAGGAAGAUGAGGAAGAUGAUGAGGAAGAUGAGGAAGAUGAUGAGGAAGAUGAGGAUGAAGAUGAAAUUAAAAGUUCUCAAUGUAACAGUGAAGAAAAAAAAGAAAGUAUAGAUGAGUACGAAGAAGAAGAAGAAAAAAAAAGAAAAAAAAAAGGUAUCAAAAGAGAGAAGAAAAGAAAAAAAAAAUUUUCAAAAGUGAAAAAUUAUACAUGCCGAAUCAAAAAAAAGGAGGGAGAUAUAUUUUUGUUAUUAGGAAGUCCAUUAGAUUCUUUAGAAAUAUAUAUGAGUUGUUAUGAAAUAAGUAAAAUUCAAGAUGAUUUUAUGUAUGAAGGAAAUAUAAUUUUUUGUAUUAUUUUAUCGAUAUAUUUAUAUAUAGUACAAAAUUGGAUAAACUUCUGUAAGUUAAAUAAUAAUGAAAGUUAUCCUUUCAAGUUUGCUGAAAUUAUCGAAAACGUUAUUUUACAAACAUAUGAAAAAUUAACACCUAAUAAAAAUACUAAUUAUUCAAAUUUUUUUUUUGAUACUUCUUAUAGUGGAUCAUUAAAAGAAAAAUCACAUAAUUAUAAUUUUAGUUUUUCAUUGUAUAACACUGAUCAAAACAAUGAUGCAACAAAUAUAACAAAAAAUAUAAAUUUAUUUAUUAAUUUAUUAAAUGAUAAUGACGAUAAUUUUAAAAGAGAAGAUGAUUUCGUAGAUAAUGAAGAUUAUUAUUUUUUUAACGUACUAAUAAAACCGCAUAAUAUAUUGUUAUAUUUAAUUAGAUAUAUAGAAUAUAAAUUAAACGAAGUAUUAUAUAAUUUUCAAAAUUGUUCUUUUGCUCACGAAUAUUUUUGUGAUUAUUUGUUAUGUUAUUUAAAAUAUCUUCUCAUGCUAAAAAAAAAGCGUUUUAUUUUUUAUAUAACAAAUAAAUAUUCUUAUGUAGUUGAAAAAUUUGAAUAUAAUUUAUAUAUAAAAUAUCAUAUGGAAUUAGCAUUGAUAUAUAAAUAUAUUGGGGCUUUCAGAAAGUUUUCUUUUACUAUAUAUUUAUUAUGUAUACGUUUUUUCUCGAAUAAAAAUUUUUUUUUGUCUUAUUUUUUUCUUAAUAAUUUAUUACCAUUUUACAAUUUACCUAGUAUUUGUUUCAACUUUAGUUUUAGAACAACAACAAAAAAUGAGAAUAAUAAUUUCAGAAAUGAUCAAGUUUUACAAUUUCAAGACAAUAAUUGUUUUAAUCAUUACAUUCAUAAUAUUUUUGUAAAUAGAACUAAUAAAAUUAAUGUUCCCUUUUAUUGGCUUAGAAAAACUGAGAAGACUAUUUCUAAGGAAAAAGGAGAUGCAAGAAAUAACGAAAAUAAAGUGAUAAAUAACAAUAAUGAUUAUAUAAAUAACAGUAGCAGUAAUAAUAAUAAGAAAGAAUUUACAAAGAAAGGCAAUAUACAAAGUAUUAUUGAUAUUUACAUAAACAAUAAGCUAGAAAAAAUUAAUGUGAACCAUGAAACAAACAAAAAUAAUAUAAAUAAUUAUGAAAAUAAUUUUAUUAAAAAUUCUUCUAUUAUUGAAGAUGAUAAAAUUAUAAUAAAUGAAAUAAGAAAAGAUGAUUGUUAUAAUUAUUACAUGGAAAAUGCUUUAAAAAAUGUAUAUAUUUACAGCAUAUUUGACAAUCUAUUCAACUCUUCUAAUUUUUUUAGAGUAAGUAAUUUAUUUAAUUUUUGUUCUCGUGAAAUAAGCAGUAAAAGUAUAUUUCAUUUAAAUAAACAUACAAAGAAAUUACAGAUAUAUAAAAAAAAUAAAAAAACAUAUAAUACUUCAUUACAGUAUGAUAUUCUUUGUUUUCUCUGUUUAGUAUUAAAAGAAAUAAAUUAUACAACAGAUUUAGCUUUUUGUAAUUUUUUGAUGUUACUAUUUUUAAAUAAACACAUAUCAAAGCAAAAGCAAAAAGAAAUAUUGUAUACUAUAUAUGAAACAUUAAAUAAAAAAAAAAAAUAUAUUUACUUCCCUCCUUUUAUAACUUUAAUAUUAGAUGAAAAAAGAAAAAAAAAGAAUAGAAAUUAUUUAAGAAAGUUAGAUGAAGGAGGGAGCGAUUUUAACAAUAUAUCUUCGUCUUCUGAUUCUUCUCACUUGUAUGAUUUAUCACCUGAAUCAUCUUCUUCUUUUGAUUUUAUUUCUUUCUCUAAUAUUAAUUCUAAUAAAAAAACUAUGAAUGAAGAGAAAUUAAAAAAGAAAAAAAUUAAUCAAAAAAAAAAAAAUUCAAAAAAACAAAACAAAUUGCAUUUUCUAUAUGGUUUUACCGAAGGAAGGUGCUCUCCAUUGCCUAUUUUAGUUAAUAUUGAAUAUGUAAAUAAAAGUUAUAAUAAUGAAGAAAUUUAUAAAAAGAUGGAAUUAAAUAAGGUUAAGAAAGAGGAAAAAAAUGAUUCAUAUGAAUAUAAAGAUGUUUUUAAGUAUAAUCCUUUUACUGAAAAAGAAACAAAUGUAAAAAUUCAAAACAUGUGUGCAGUAAAUGAAAUAAAGAAUGUGGUAAUAACUUUAAAAAAUACAUUAUAUAUUAAUUUAGUGUUAAAUAAUGUGACCUUAAUAUCAUCUGGAAUAGCUAUAGAAAAUUAUCCUACUAGUGUAAUAUUGUUAUCGAAAAAAAAAAAUAAUUUAACAAAAGUUCAAUUGUCUUUUAAAGCAAAAGAGACUGGAAUGUUAUUUAUUUUAGGUAUUUCUUACUGUAUUAGUUAUUUUUAUUUUAACCAGUAUCUUUUAUAUGACACAUCUAUUUUAAGGAAAUAUUUUAUGGAUAAUCAAUUUUUUUUUAAUUAUAACAAAAAAUGUAAUGAUAAUUAUGAGAAUGAAAUACAUAAAUUUUCUGAAAACUCUCAAAGUUUUAAGUAUGUUAACAAAGAGAGUGAUGAUAUUUUACAAAAAAAUACAUUGUAUAAUUUUUAUUUGAACUGUAUUAAUUCUAAUAUACAAGGAAUAAGAGAAAAGGAAAAUAAUGGUUUAUAUUAUAGUGAAAAUAAUAAAGAAUUAUAUAAUAAAGUAAAAUUAUUACAUUAUGUAUUUAAAUUAUCCAAUAUAUGUUCUAUUUUUGUAAUUGAAAAUUAUUUUUCUCUUAAAUCAGAAAUUAAGCUUUUUAAUUUUAGUAAAUAUAUUAAUAUUAAAUCCUUGUUAAAUGAUAAAUCUUAUUUAAAAAGGUUUUGUAUUACUUCAAAUAAGGAUAAGUCAUCAAAAGUAAAUGCUUCAAAUGAGGAAAAAGAUAUAUUUCAAAGAAAUGAUCUUCAUGAAGAUACAAAUGAAGAAAAUCAUUAUGAAAAUAAGAAAUAUGAAAAUAAUAAUAAUAGUAAUUUAGAAAAUUUCUUUUUAAAUAAAAAGGAAGAAUAUAUUGAUGAUAAAAAAGAAUUACGUAGUAAUUAUAGUGAUGAAGAUAUUAAGGAAACAGACAAGUUUUUAAUUAUUGAAGAUGACAUAAAAAAAAAAAAUUCAAAUUUAAAUAGUGCUAAUGAUUUGCCUGUAAGUGAUUCUGUAGAUAAAAGUAAUUUAUCUAAUAAAAGUAAUAAAAAUAAUUUUAUUGAUAGAUGCAGAAAAUAUAGUAGUGAAGAAAGUCAUAUAAGUUUGAAUAGAAAAAAAAAUGUGCAAAAUUGUGAUCUAUUGGAUUCUAUUAAAAGCUUAUCUACUUAUAAUAAAUGCUUCUUAAAUAAAAAAUGUAGUUCAAAAAAAUCUUCUUUUUCUAUUUCAUCAUCAGUAUUGUCAUCAAUAUCAACAACAUCAUUAUCUUCUAGAUUAACUGAAAAAAUUUCUUCAUUGGAAGAAAAUAAGGAUAUUCAACCUUCCAAUGAUUCCAUAGUUAACUUAAAAAAACCUUUUAAUUAUUACAAUAUUAGAAAAGAUAGUAAUGAGAAUUUCGAAGAUAUAAAUGGAAAUCUUUACUUUUCAUGUGAUGCAAGGCAUUCAGAAUUAUUAGAAGGAGAAAUUAAAUUUUUGUGUUUAAUAUUUGAAAAUAAAAGUAAUAUAAAUAUUGAUUAUUUGAAUAUUAUUGUAAUACAUAAUGAUAAGACACAUGGGGAUUACUUCAUAAAAUUUUUUUUCAAUAAGGCAUUUUGCUUAAAAAGUAAAUGUGGAAAUAAUAAAGAAAAAAUUAUAAGAAUAAAAAAAAAUGAGCCAUUAAAAGUUAAAAAAAAUUAUUCUUUAUAUAUACCUAUAAGAUGCAUAGGAUCUGUUUUAAUUAAUGAAUGCGAAAUAAAUAUAUUUUAUUCUAGCAAUAAAGACAGUUCAUAUUACUCUGUUCAAAAUUUGAAAUUAAAAAUUAAUGUAAAAAGAAAUAUAUUUAUUGAAAACAUAUUUUAUUUUCCCUAUGUAAGCUUUAAUUAUAAAGAUAUAUUAAAUGAAAUGUUAAAUUCAAAUUAUUAUAAUGCAGAUAUUAUUAAAAAAUUAGGUUCUUUAAAAAAAGAGAAGAAUGAGAAAAGUAUUGAAAACAAUAAAGAAGAGAUAAUAUAUGAUAUAAAUUUUUUAAGAACGAAAAGUUUUAAAUAUAAAGAUAUUAAUAUAGAUAAUUAUCUUGAAAAAAAAAAUACGCAAAAAAGGGAGAGUCAUAUUAUUCGUAACUUAAAUUAUGAUAGCGAUAAUAAUUAUGACAAAAUAAACAAUUUUGGAAAGAAUAAUAAUAUGAAUAAUGAUAUAAAAAAUUAUACUACAACUCAUAAUUUAAUUGAUAAGGAUGAUUCUUUUAGCGAUUAUAAUAGUAUAUGUGUAAUAAAAAAAGAUAAUAAUAGUGAUGAAACAUAUAAAUAUAAAGAAAAUUUAAAUAUUUGCACAGAUAAUAAAUAUAUAUUUUUAGAAUUAUACAUAAAAAAUUUUAGUGGUUACGUAAACUAUUGUAAAACCAAAAAACUAAAAAGACGACCAAUGUGCAUUGUUGAUAAAGAAAAUAAUUUAAGUAAAUGGGUACUUUGGAUUAAAAGGAUAAAAAGAAAAAAAAAUUUUAUUUUUGAAAACGAGGAAGAUAUUUUGAAGUAUUUUUUACAGUAUUUAGAUUUUUAUGUCUACUUAACUUUUUCUAGACAUAAAAAAAUGGGAAUUUUAAGUGCUUACAGUUCUUAUUUAAACAAUAUACACAUUCAUAAAAAAACAAUUAGUGAUUUUUUUUUUAAUUUUAAAAGAAAUAAUAAUAAUGGCAGAAUAGAAAAAAAUGAAGCAGAAAAAGAAGAAAACAAAUUUAUCUUAAAAUUAAAUGAUGAAGAUAAAUUGUUUAAAAGAAAUAGUUCUUCUUAUGAAAAGAAGGAAUAUUUUUUUUCUUCAAAUAGUUUCACUCUUCCCCAAAUGUCAGAUAAUAAUGAAGAAUAUGGCAUCUCUUCUAAAAAUAUGAAAAUAGAAAAAUUUGAUGAGUACUUAAAAAAAGAAAAAAAAGAAGAUAAUAACAGUAACAGUAGUAAUAAUGAGGAUUUUCAAAUAAAUAUAAAUAAAUUAUUUCAUAAAAAUUUCGUUAAUGAUAUUUUUUAUCCGUAUAUAUUAAUAAAACCAAAAUUUUGUAAUUGCAAAAAAAGAAAUAGUGUAAUUAUACCAAAAUGUUCAAAAAUAUUAAAUUUUACUGAUAUUAAAAAAAUUGGUAUUAAAAAAAAAUAUUUUGAGUCUUCAGUAAAUGAAUUUUUUUGUGUGAAAAUUUUUAUAGAUAAUUUAUCUUAUAUUGAUUUGGGCAAAUAUACACUUUUAAUAUAUCCAUCUAAUUUAAAUUGUAUAAAAAUUAUAGGAAGUUUAAAUACAAGUGGAUAUCUAAGUAAAUAUGAUUUCAUUUCUUCUAAGACAAAUCAAAAUUCUAACAAUUUUCAAAAUAAAAAACUAAAUAACAAAAAAUCACAUUUUUUGCAUUCUUUCAAUGUAUAUUCAUUAUUUCCAGGUAAAGUUCUAUUUUAUAUAGCUAUUUAUUUUCAUAACUUUCAUACCUUUUUAUUUUAUCACGAACCUAUUUUAGUUGCAAUUGUUUAA